UGGACUAGCUGUCAGUUAACGGCUGCUAGACACGGGCUGUGCCGGUGUUAUGGGGCGGGGUUAUGAGGUGGUGGCCCCUCCCUCUGUCUCCCAGCCUAGUCUCGCAGUUUCUGGCGGCGCAGUGCUGUACUGAGGGGUAACUAGGAAGGAAAGGGGGGAAACUGCUGCUGCGCCCCCUGCGAGGGACAGGUGCGGCGUCCUGAGUGUGACAGUGUCCGGUCACUCCCUCCUCUUGUCCCCCGCCUGGAAGUGCCGGGCUCACCCCGGGUCUUUGUGUUGUGGAGCGGACUGCUGCCGCUGGGUUAAACCAUGCUCCUGCCUGCCGCUGCCAUUCAUCAUCAGAGAGCACACUGAGCCGGGAGGCCCCCAUUGUAGUCAUUGUACGCUGCUCCCACAAGUGACCUUCCCUUCCUCGUCCUGCAGGGAGAGACUGGGCACCUCCGCAGGGAUCUGUUCACACUGGGCACCUCCGCAGGGAUCUGUUCACACUGGGCACCUCCGCAGGGAUCUGUUCACACUGGGCACCUCCGCAGGGAUCUGUUCACACUGGGCACCUCCGCAGGGAUCUGUUCACACUGGGCACCUCCGCAGGGAUCUGUUCACACUGGGCACCUCCACAGGGAUCUGUUCACACUGGGCACCUCCGCAGGGAUCUGUUCACACUGGGCACCGGAUCAGUGCUCCGUUCUCCAGUUAUUCUUCUACUGGGUCCAUGCUUUUCUGUAUGUCCCCCCACCACCUCCUGGUGUGUCCCCCUCACUAUUAGUAUUGACUGGCACCUCAGCCUCCAGAGUGCCCUCUAGUGGUGCCCCCAUUCUCCUGCCCUCCUAAGAUGACUCCUCUGUUGCCCACAAGAUUCAUCUUCCAGAAAACUUCAGCAGAGUGACCUCUGGAUCACUAGUGGGCAACUUACCAGCUUGGCAUUGAACAAAGACCUAGAAGAAUCGGAAUACAUCCAGGACCCCAGGAAGUGCACGAAAAUGUCUACCCCCAGCAGGUUCAAGAAAGACAAAGAAAUCAUUGCAGAAUAUGAGAGCCAAGUAAAAGACGAACGUCUGGCUUCAGCCCCUUCCAAUCAAUGGCCGAAACAGGACACCACAGGAGCCAGUAAUGGGCUGAGAGAGAUAAGAGCUCAGCUGGUUGAACAACAAAAAUGCUUGGAGCAACAAACAGAGAUGAGAGUUCAACUCCUUCAAGACCUCCAGGACUUCUUCCGCAAGAAAUCCGAAAUUGAAAUGGAAUAUUCCCGGAAUUUGGAAAAACUUGCAGAGAGAUUCAUGGCUAAAACCAGAAGCACAAAAGAUCACCAGCAAUACAAGAAAGACCAGAAUUUGCUGUCCCCUGUAAAUUGCUGGUAUUUACUUCUGAACCAAGUGAGAAGAGAAAGCAAAGAUCAUGCGACACUGAGUGAUAUUUACCUAAACAACGUUAUAAUGCGGUUCAUGCAGAUAAGCGAAGAUUCCACCAGGAUGUUCAAGAAGAGCAAAGAAAUUGCGUUCCAGCUCCAUGAAGAUCUAAUGAAAGUCCUUAAUGAACUGUACACGGUCAUGAAGACUUACCACAUGUAUCACGCAGAGAGUAUCAAUGCAGAAUCUAAGCUAAAGGAAGCAGAAAAACAAGAGGAGAAACAGAUUGGAAGGUCUGACCCAGUAUUUCAUUUACGGCUGGAAGAUAAGCACCAAAGACGGAGCUCAGUGAAAAAAAUCGAGAAAAUGAAAGAGAAGCGGCAAGCCAAAUACUCUGAGAACAAACUGAAAUCCAUAAAGGCACGGAACGAAUAUUUAUUAACACUGGAGGCAACAAAUGCUUCUGUGUUCAAGUAUUACAUCCAUGACCUUUCAGAUUUAAUUGAUUGCUGUGAUCUGGGUUACCAUGCAAGUUUAAACAGGGCCAUGCGAACCUACCUUUCUGCCGAAUAUAACUUGGAAACGUCACGGCAUGAGGGCUUAGACAUCAUAGAGAAUGCAGUAGAUAACUUGGAACCCAGGAACGACAAGCAAAGAUUUAUGGAGAUGUAUCCAACUGCAUUCUGUCCGCCAAUGAAAUUUGAGUUUCAGUCUCACCUGGGUGAUGAGGUUUGCCAAGUAAGUGCUCAGCAGCCAUUACAGGGUGAACUUAUACUCCGGUACCAGCAACUUCAGUCUCGACUGGCUAUGCUGAAAAUUGAAAAUGAAGAGGUAAAGAAAACCACAGAAGCCACUUGCCAGACCAUCCAAGAUAUGGUCACAAUAGAAGACUAUGAUGUUUCAGAAUGCUUUCAGCACAGCCGCUCCACGGAGUCAGUAAAGUCCACAGUAUCCGAGACAUAUUUAAGUAAGCCCAGUAUUGCCAAACGAAGAGCAAACCAACAAGAAACGGAACAGUUCUAUUUUAUGAAAUUCAGGGAACAUCUAGAAGGAAGCAAUCUCAUCACAAAACUACAGGCUAAACAUGACCUGCUUCAGAGGACUCUUGGGGAAGGGAAAGGCUAUAGGGCAGAAUACAUGACCACAAGUCGGGGAAGAAGAAAUUCACACACAAGACAUCAGGAAUCUGGACAAAUAAUUCCUCUCAUUGUGGAAAGCUGCAUCAGAUUCAUUAACUUGUAUGGACUUCAACACCAGGGUAUAUUUCGAGUUUCUGGCUCCCAGGUAGAAGUGAAUGAUAUAAAAAAUGCAUUUGAAAGAGGAGAAGACCCUUUGACAGAUGACCAAAAUAAUCAUGACAUCAACUCUGUAGCUGGUGUCCUGAAGCUGUAUUUCCGAGGCUUAGAAAACCCACUCUUUCCCAAGGAAAGAUUUAACGAUUUGAUAUCCUGCAUCCGAGUGGAGAAUCUCUAUGAGAGGGCCAUGCACAUCAGGAAAAUCCUGCUGACAUUACCCAGGACUGUUCUUAUAGUCAUGCGAUACCUCUUUGCAUUCCUCAACCACCUUUCUCAGUAUAGUGAUGAAAAUAUGAUGGAUCCAUAUAACCUGGCAAUCUGCUUUGGCCCCACGUUGAUGCCUGUUCCAGACAUUCAAGACCAAGUGUCCUGUCAAGCUCAUGUGAAUGAAAUUGUUAAAACCAUAAUCAUCCAUCAUGAGAAUAUUUUUCCAGAUGCCAAAGAGCUUGAAGGGCCAGUUUAUGAGAAAUGUAUGGCUGGAGAUGACUAUUGUGACAGCCCUUACAGUGAACAUGGCACAUUAGAAGAAGUUGAUCACGAUGGUGGCAAUGAGACUCACACAAGUGAAGACGAGUGUGAACCAAUUGAAGCCAUAGCCAAAUUUGAUUACAUUGGUCGAUCUGCUCGAGAGCUGUCCUUUAAGAAAGGUGCAUCCCUUCUUCUGUACCAUCGGGCAUCUGAAGACUGGUGGGAAGGGCGACACAAUGGGAUUGAUGGACUAGUACCCCACCAGUACAUUGUUGUACAAGACAUGGAUGACACAUUUUCAGAUUCCCUAAGUCAGAAAGCUGACAGUGAAACCAGUAGUGGUCCAGUGACUGAAGAUAAGUCAUCAUGUAAAGACAUAAACUCCCCAACUGAUCGACACCCAGAUUUAUAUUCGGGCAGACACAGAAGGAGAACUGAUCCACCACCACCUUCUCGCCGUUCAGGCAGGACUAAUGAUAGUCACUGCCCAGUACAUCCACCACAGUCUCUUAAUAACUCAUCGAUGGAAAUUGGAUCUUCGAAUAUAUUAAGCCAUUGUAGCCCACGUGCCCUUUUACAGAAUCGCAACCUUAACACUGAUAGCCCUGAACGUAGACGUAAACCAGGCCACGGAAGCCUAACCAACAUAAGCCGGCAUGAUUCUUUAAAAAAGAUAGACAGUCCUCCAAUACGAAGAUCUACAUCAUCAGGACAGUACACUAAUUUUAAUGACCACAAGAAUCUUGAUGCAGAGAGUAUUGCUCAGCAGGAUAUAGAAGAGACAAUGAAUUCGGCCCUAAAUGAGUUGCGUGAGCUUGAACGACAGAGUUCUGCAAAACAUGCACCAGACGUUGUCCUGGAUACACUUGAGCAAAUAAAGAACUCGUCCACCCCAGCAACAUCCACCGAAUCUCUGAGUCCUCUUCACAAUGUCAUGCUCAAAAACACGGAGCCACAAAUCCGGCGUAGCACAAGUUCAUCUAAUGACACAAUGAGCACAUUUAAGCCCAUGGUUACACCUCGAAUGGGUGUACAAUUAAAGCCUCCUGCUUUAAGGCCAAAACCUAUUGUGUUACCAAAAACUAACCCUGGCAUAGGACCAUCUCAGUCUGCUCAAGGGGCUGCUGAUAAAUCAUGCACAAUGUAAUGUCAUGCUUAAUAGUACCCUCUGGAUAAUGAGGUGAACAAACAGUUGCCAUUAUAUCAAUGGUGGUAUGUUUUUACUGGAAGUAGAAUGAAACACCUGAAUUUACACUAAUAUUUUACUACAAGAAACUGGACUGUGUUGUGUGUAGAAACACAUCAAAACAUACUUGAAGAUUCGAUGCUGCACAAAUUGUAUACCUUGCAACAUAGAUCACAAUGGCUUCCCACUUAUGUUACAGACCUCUCCUAUUAUAGAUAUAUCGUGGGCAGUUCAGAUUAAGAAGUGCCCAUAUAUUUUAUUUUACUACUCAUAGUGAGUCAUGGAUCUGUGGAUACUGAGGUCUAUUUGGUUUGCAGAGCAGCCUAAAGAGAACACAUAAGUUGUUUGUUUCAUAGAACGUUUGCAUUACAUUCCUUUGGGGCCUUACUGCUUGCUAUAUAAACCUCUAAAGAAACCUGUGGUAGAUCCAAAUAAUUAUUUCUCUGGACCGACAACAAACCAUUGUAACCACUGUUAUUGUGACUAUAUAUUCCCUCAAUGUUAGUUAUAAUGGGGAAAUUGUUCAUGUGUACAAUAUGCACUGCAUGUGGUUGUUACGAUAGGUAGACAUAAAUAUAUCUCUAUAUAUGUUUCUGUAUAGAGAUGAAUAUCCAUGGAAGAAAGUUGUUUUGCACAUUCACGAUAUUCAGAGAGAUGAACACUAUUCAAAGACACUCCUGUUCUUGGCUGGAUUUUAUGUUAAAAAAAGCAUAAGGUUUUAGGUAUGUUUUAUAUAGCCACUGUUAAUAGCCAUGAACCCAAAAAUAUAGAAUAUAUUAUAUUUACAGUAAGUUGUGGAUUUACAGAGAUUCAAGGCAUUAUGAUCAGAGGCUCUAUCGGGGCUAGAAAACAAAGCUAUGACACUACAGACUGACAUGCCUGGAUCUCGAGAUUAUGAACAAUUUCACGAAGAGUCAUAGCAUAAAGCAUUGGAUGAUGAUUCAAUGUCAGCACAGUAUUAUUGUCAGCCCUGUAUCCCAGGCAGAACAAUGGAAACACAUGUAGUGCCACUUUAUAUCUCUAUUGCCGCCUAUAUGUAAUGUAUUAAUCUUUUUCCUACCUGUCCAUUAAUCUACUAAACUGUUGUGAAGAUGUACAAACUGCACAACCUAAUGCAAAGGCCUCAAACGUUCCGAAUUCUGUGUUAUGCGAGGCCUGUUAUGUUAUUCUGGUACUCUUUUUCAUUGCUUUAUUUUAAUAGUUCUUUACAUUUUAAAUUGUAUAUAUGAGUUGUAUAUACUUCCAGCCAGCACACUCCUUGUGUGGCUUCUUUUUUUUAUACUUUAGGUUACUAAACAAAUCCAUUCAUGGGGAUAUGCAAGGUUUUACUUUAGUGCUAUAAACCAGAAUACAUUGGCCCAGAUAAGCAUGGUGAAAUGCAGUCAACCCUUCUGGUGAUCCCGCUGGGAUUACACUUAGGUUCUAUCUAUAGACUGCUCCAGUUAUUCCCGAUUUACAAAAUUUAGCCUGUCCUUCUUAAACCACAUUUGGGAGAAUUAUUUUAGGAUGUGAACAGCGCUCCCAUAACUCAAAUGUGGGACACGUAAAAAUAAAACUGAUGUGAUGACUUAUUUUUAUUAUGUAGUCUAGUAUCUUCUUAACUUCUCUAAUAAUUUACAGACCAUAAGGUAAGUCCCGUAUCACUGCUAAGCUUCCAGUGUACAGAAGCAAGUCAUUUGUCUCCAAUCUGUAUACCUCCUCAUUGCAGACUCAAGCCUGUAGUUGAAGCUGAGCCAAAAAACUCUGAGCAACCUGGCUCUUCAUAUACAGCCAUGUUUUAACAUGAUCAUAGAUGAGAUGUAGAACUCACAGGAGCAAACUGGAAUUCUCUCCUGACGCUCAAGCACAGGUCUAGCCUGGUACUUGUUUGUUCUGGUCUGUGUGACAUAAUAGGGUUAAAUACUUGUCUUUUUAACAGUUGGAAAUGUGUAUACUAGUUAUAGACUGUGUAUUCUUAUUAGAAUUAGUGUAGUACAAGAAUAUGUUAGAAGCAGUGCACCUGGAAAGUGUGCUGCCAUAUACAUGUGUAGUUUGAUGGUUCUAGGUAUUUGCAGUACUGUAGGCGGAUGUGUACAGAUGUGCACAGCCCAAUCACUAGCAAGGCCCACUGGGAGUUAUUUCCAAUAAAGGACUAACUCUCGCAGGUGUCUGUAUCGUCUUUACUGUCAGUUUAGGUUACAGUACUGUUGGCAGUUUUUGUUGACUGUUAAUUCUUUGUGUUGGUGUACAUCCGUAGUAUGUACAUGUGAAAGUGCCUUUAAACUUUUAGAGGAACUUCAACUUUUUACUCUGUGUAUUACAUUUCCCUUACAUUCAAUUCCACCGUCAAAAAAGUAAAACUGAAAAAAAAAAAAAAAUGAAAAAAAUU